GAGAAGCAGGCUUCCCGCUGAGCAGGGAGCCCGAUGCGGGGCUCGAUCCCAGGACCCUGGGAUCAUGACCUGAGCCGAAGACAGACGCUUAACAACUGAGCCACCCAGGUGCCCCUGAAGCAGUGUUUUAACAGGAGGACAGUCCAAGUCUGCUUUGUUCAAUGAGAGGACCUCGGCACCUAGCACAGACCCUGUCACACAGUGGGCUUUCCAGAAAGAGGUGUGAAGUGAACUAGUGGAUUGCAAGAAGGGGAAUUGGGCCAGCAGAUCUGCUGUCCCAUUCCUGACAUGGAGGGCCUGAGCGAGGGCAGCCCUGCACAAAGAAACGGGAGAGUGGGUGGAUUUUUCACAAAGGAAAACCCAACAGGACUUCAGGAGUUGGCCAUGGAAAGGACGCAAGAGAGAGGAGAAUCAAAAAAGCGUGCAGCCUCUUUGGAAGAGCUCUGGACUGAGAGUCAGAGGGCCUGAAUUUGGGCUCCUGUGGCUCAUCUGUCAAAUAGGACAGUAGUCCUCACUGCUGCCUUGCUAGCCAUGAAUGGGAUGGCCAACGUGAACUCUGCCAGCCGCCCCCACUAUGCCUCCUCCAUCCCUGUGCCUCGAGCUGCUUCCCAGACCAGGACUCAUACACCAGGCGCCUCUCCCCAGCUGCGGCCACGCCAGGCCGGCCUGGCCCUAAGCCCCCAGCGUGCAGCCUCCCCAAGACUGGGCAAGGCGGGAGGCCCUUCCAGAAACUCCUCUCCUAAGGCCUCCCGAGGGAGAGGCUCCCCCAAGGCUUCUGGGGUGGUGAGAGAGUCAGCUGAGGGUGGCGAAGGCCUUUCCAGCUCCCCAUGGAGCAGUCCCAGGGCAACCCCAAAAGCAGCCCUCUCCAGCUGGGCUGGGGCCAGGAGAGUUGGGGAGACACAAGGCACCCAGGGAAAGAAGAAGGUGGCUCAAGAAGGGAUUCCAGUCCGCCAGAGCCGGGGCAGGAGCCCGUCCCGAACAAGCUCUCCUGGAGAAACUCAAAUACCAGGGGCUCCUGAAGGUCGAAAACUUCCUACCUACCCAGGAAAGGAUCAAAGAGAUGCAAACUACAGAAGUUCAGGGGUCCCCAGGUCUUUGGAGCCUGAUGCCGGGGCAGUAUCAGGGGCUUCCUCCCCAGGGUGCAGCCCCCUGCCGAGCAAACGCCCCUCCCCCACCCCUGGGGCCAUCAGCUUCGCUUCGGGCCAUCAGCAGAGUCAGCCAGUCACUGCCACAGUGGCCCCCUUCCAGUACAGGCUUCAGACGGACCAGGAACCUGGCCCCCUCCCUCAGGCCAGCUGGGUCCUUGAUGGCUACUCCGGCUGCCCUGGUGGGACUGAGGAGAGCUUCUCCUGUGCAGACGCGCGGAUAGUCCAUGCGCUCCUCGCGGGCAGAAUGCUGGGCAGCAGCGUCAAGAGCGUGCAGCCCGAGGUGGAGCUGAGUGGCGGCGGCGGCGGGGACGAGGGCGCGGACGAGCCUCGGGGCACCGGGAGGAAGGCGGCAGCGGCGGACGGCAGAGGCAUGCUACCCAAGCGCGCCAAGGCGCCCGGCGGCGGUGGCGGCAUGGCCAAGGCCAGCGCGGCCGAGCUGAAGGUCUUCAAGUCUGGCAGCGUGGACGGCCGAGUCCCCGGAGGACCUCCCGCCUCCAACCUGCGCAAGCAGAAGUCGCUCACCAACCUCUCGUUCCUCACCGACUCGGAGAAAAAGCUGCAGCUCUAUGAGCCCGAGUGGAGCGACGAUAUGGCCAAGGCGCCCAAGGGCUUGGGUAAGGCGGGGUCCAAAGGCCGCGAGGCUCCGCUUAUGUCCAAGACGCUGUCCAAGUCGGAGCACUCGCUCUUCCAGGCAAAGGGCAGCCCGGCGGGCGGCGCCAAGACCCCCCUGGCUCCCCUCGCGCCCAGCCUGGGAAAGCCGAGCCGGAUCCCGCGCGGCCCCUACGCUGAGGUCAAGCCGCUCAGCAAGGCUCCUGAGGCAGCCGUGAGCGACGAUGGCAAGUCGGACGAUGAGCUGCUCUCUAGCAAGGCCAAGGCGCAAAAGGGCUCCGGGCCCGUGCCCUCCGCCAAGGGCCAGGAGGAGCGCGCCUUCCUCAAGGUGGACCCCGAGCUCGUGGUGACCGUGCUGGGAGACCUGGAGCAGCUGCUCUUCAGCCAGAUGCUGGACCCAGAGUCCCAGAGAAAGAGGACAGUGCAGAAUGUCCUGGAUCUUCGACAGAACCUGGAAGAGACCAUGUCCAGUCUGCGAGGGUCCCAGGUGACUCACAGCUCCCUGGAGAUGACGUGCUACGACAGUGAUGACGCCAACCCUCGCAGUGUGUCCAGCCUCUCCAGCCGCUCAUCCCCCCUCUCCUGGCGCUAUGGCCAGUCCAGCCCGCGGCUGCAGGCUGGGGACGCGCCCUCGGUGGGCGGGGGCUGCCGCUCGGACGGGCCACCCGCCUGGUACAUGCACGGGGAACGGGCCCACUACUCGCACACCAUGCCCAUGCGCAGCCCCAGCAAGCUCAGCCACAUCUCCCGCCUGGAGCUGGUCGAGUCCCUGGACUCGGAUGAGGUGGACCUCAAGUCCGGCUACAUGAGCGACAGCGACCUCAUGGGCAAGACCAUGACGGAGGACGACGACAUCACUACCGGCUGGGAUGAGAGCAGCUCCAUCAGCAGUGGGCUCAGUGAUGCCUCGGACAACCUCAGCUCAGAAGAGUUCAAUGCCAGUUCCUCCCUCAACUCCCUCCCAACGACGCCCACUGCUUCUCGCAGGAACUCUACAGUAGCGCUCCGCACAGACUCAGAGAAGCGCUCACUGGCCGAAAGUGGGCUGAGCUGGUUUAGUGAGUCAGAGGAGAAGGCCCCCAAAAAACUGGAGUACGACAGCGGUAGCCUGAAGAUGGAACCCGGGACUUCGAAGUGGCGGAGAGAGCGGCCCGAGAGCUGUGAUGAUUCAUCCAAGGUUGGAGAACUGAAAAAGCCUGUGAGCCUGGGACACCCCGGUUCCCUGAAGAAGGGCAAGACCCCGCCAGUGGCUGUCACGUCCCCCAUCACUCACACCGCCCAGAGUGCCCUCAAAGUCGCAGGCAAACCUGAAGGCAAAGCUGCCGACAAGGGCAAACUUGCCGUGAAGAACACGGGGCUGCAGCGCUCCUCUUCGGACGCCGGCCGGGACCGCCUGAGCGAUGCCAAGAAGCCUCCCUCCGGCAUUGCUCGCCCCUCCGCUUCGGGGUCUUUUGGCUACAAGAAGCCGCCGCCCGCCACAGGCACAGCCACCGUCAUGCAGACCGGUGGUUCAGCCACUCUCAGCAAGAUCCAGAAGUCCUCAGGCAUCCCUGUCAAGCCCGUGAAUGGACGCAAGACUAGCCUAGAUGUGUCCAACAGUGCAGAGCCCGGAUUCCUGGCUCCUGGCGCCCGUUCCAACAUCCAGUACCGAAGCCUGCCCCGGCCAGCCAAGUCUAGCUCUAUGAGCGUGACCGGCGGCCGGGGCGGACCUCGCCCUGUCAGCAGCAGUAUUGACCCCAGCCUCCUCAGCACGAAGCAGGGGGGUCUUACCCCCUCCCGACUAAAGGAACCUUCCAAGGUGGCCAGUGGGCGGACCACUCCAGCCCCUGUCAAUCAGACGGAUCGGGAAAAGGAGAAAGCCAAAGCCAAGGCAGUGGCCUUGGACUCGGACAACAUCUCCCUGAAGAGCAUUGGCUCCCCAGAGAGUACUCCUAAGAACCAAGCCAGCCACCCCCCUGCCACCAAGUUGGCGGAGCUGCCACCAACCCCUCUCAGGGCCACAGCUAAGAGCUUUGUCAAGCCACCCUCACUAGCCAACCUAGACAAGGUCAACUCCAACAGUCUGGAUCUGCCAUCAUCGAGUGAUGCCCACGCUUCCAAGGUCCCAGAUCUGCAUCCCACAAGCUCAGCAAGCGGGAGCCCUCUUCCUUCUUGCUUCACCCCCAGUCCAGCACCCAUUCUCAAUAUUAACUCAGCCAGCUUCUCCCAGGGCCUGGAGCUAAUGAGUGGUUUCAGUGUCCCCAAAGAGACCCGCAUGUACCCCAAACUCUCAGGCCUGCACAGGAGCAUGGAGUCCCUCCAGAUGCCAAUGAGCCUGCCCAGUGCCUUCCCCAGCAGUACUCCUGGCCCCACCCCACCUGCCCCCGCUGCCGCACCCCCAGAGGAAGAGGCAGAAGAGCUGGCCUGGAGCGGAAGCCCCAGAACUGGGCAGUUGGACAGUAAUCAGCGGGAUCGGAACACUCUUCCCAAGAAAGGGCUCAGGUACCAGCUUCAGUCCCAGGAGGAGACCAAGGAGAGGCGACACUCUCAUACCAUUGGUGGGCUGCCCGAGUCCGACGACCAGUCAGAGCUGCCUUCCCCCCCUGCACUCUCCAUGUCCUUGAGCGCAAAGGGCCAGCUUACCAACAUAGGGACCCGGAGAGCUGAUGACCCUGCCUCUUCUCCUGCCCUCCCCCUCCCUCUCCUGUCCCCCCUCCCCUCUGUCCUUCUAGUGAGUCCCACUGCGGCCACCACGCCAAGAAUCACCCGCUCCAACAGCAUCCCCACCCACGAGGCGGCCUUCGAGCUGUACAGCGGCUCCCAAAUGGGGAGCACCCUGUCCCUGGCCGAGAGACCCAAGGGAAUGAUUCGGUCAGGAUCCUUCCGAGACCCCACGGACGAUGUUCAUGGCUCAGUGCUGUCCCUGGCCUCCAGUGCCUCCUCCACUUACUCCUCAGCUGAGGAGAGGAUGCAAUCCGAGCAAAUCCGGAAGCUUCGUAGGGAACUGGAAUCAUCCCAGGAAAAAGUGGCCACCCUGACGUCUCAACUUUCUGCCAAUGCUAAUCUAGUGGCAGCUUUCGAGCAGAGCCUGGUGAAUAUGACAUCCCGCCUCCGACACCUGGCAGAGACAGCAGAGGAGAAGGACACUGAGCUGCUGGAUUUACGAGAAACUAUAGACUUCCUGAAGAAAAAGAACUCUGAAGCACAGGCCGUCAUUCAGGGAGCCCUUAAUGCCUCAGAAACCACCCCCAAAGAACUCCGGAUCAAGAGACAGAACUCCUCGGACAGCAUCUCGAGCCUCAACAGCAUCACCAGCCAUUCCAGCAUUGGCAGCAGCAAGGAUGCUGAUGCAAAAAAGAAGAAAAAAAAGAGCUGGGUCUAUGAGCUUCGAAGUUCCUUCAACAAAGCCUUCAGCAUAAAAAAGGGACCCAAGUCCGCUUCUUCAUACUCUGACAUUGAGGAGAUCGCCACACCGGACUCCUCCGCCCCUUCAUCCCCCAAACUACAGCGCGGCUCCGCAGAGGCCGCUUCGCCCUCUGUCAAGUCCUCCAGCCCCUCCUCUGUGGGCACAGAUGGCGCCGAGGGCCCUGCUCACCCGGCCCCCCACACCAGGCUAUUCCAUGGCCAUGAGGAGGAGGAACCUGAGAAGAAAGAGGUAUCGGAACUGCGCUCCGAGCUGUGGGAGAAAGAGAUGAAGCUUACAGACAUCCGCUUGGAAGCCCUCAACUCUGCCCACCAACUGGACCAACUUCGGGAGACGAUGCACAACAUGCAGUUGGAGGUGGACCUGCUGAAAGCCGAGAACGACCGGCUGAAGGUCGCCCCAGGCCCCUCAUCGGGCUCCACUCCAGGGCAGGUCCCCGGAUCUUCUGCGCUAGCCUCCCCUCGCCGCUCCCUGGGCCUUGCCCUCACCCAUUCCUCCAGCCCAAGUCUCACUGACACAGACCUGUCACCCAUGGAUGGCAUCAGCACCUGUGGUCCAAAGGAGGAAGUGACCCUUCGGGUGGUGGUGCGGAUGCCCCCCCAGCACAUCAUCAAAGGGGACUUGAAACAGCAGGAAUUCUUCCUAGGAUGUAGCAAGGUCAGUGGAAAAGUGGACUGGAAGAUGCUGGAUGAAGCUGUUUUCCAAGUGUUCAAGGACUACAUUUCUAAGAUGGACCCAGCCUCCACCCUGGGACUGAGCACCGAGUCCAUCCAUGGCUAUAGCAUCAGCCACGUGAAGCGGGUGUUGGAUGCGGAGCCCCCAGAGAUGCCUCCCUGCCGCCGAGGUGUCAACAACAUAUCAGUCUCCCUCAAAGGUCUGAAGGAGAAGUGCGUCGACAGCCUGGUGUUCGAGACACUGGUCCCCAAGCCGAUGAUGCAGCACUACAUAAGCCUCCUGCUCAAGCACCGGCGCCUCGUCCUCUCGGGCCCCAGCGGCACGGGCAAGACCUACCUGACCAACCGGCUGGCUGAGUACUUGGUGGAGCGCUCCGGCCGCGAGGUCACCGAGGGCAUCGUCAGCACCUUCAACAUGCACCAGCAGUCUUGCAAGGAUCUGCAACUCUAUCUCUCCAACCUGGCCAACCAGAUAGACCGGGAAACAGGAAUUGGGGAUGUCCCGCUGGUGAUCCUGCUGGAUGACCUGAGUGAAGCAGGCUCCAUCAGUGAGCUGGUCAAUGGGGCUCUCACCUGCAAGUACCACAAAUGUCCUUAUAUCAUAGGUACCACCAAUCAGCCUGUAAAAAUGACACCUAAUCAUGGCUUGCACUUGAGCUUCAGGAUGCUGACCUUCUCCAACAACGUGGAGCCAGCCAAUGGCUUCCUGGUUCGUUACCUGAGGAGGAAGCUGGUAGAGUCGGACAGUGACAUCAAUGCCAACAAGGAAGAGCUGCUUCGGGUGCUCGACUGGGUGCCCAAGCUGUGGUACCAUCUCCACACCUUCCUUGAGAAGCACAGCACCUCAGACUUCCUCAUCGGCCCUUGCUUCUUUCUGUCCUGUCCCAUUGGCAUUGAGGACUUCCGGACCUGGUUCAUUGACCUGUGGAAUAAUUCCAUCAUUCCCUACCUACAGGAAGGAGCGAAGGAUGGGAUCAAGGUCCAUGGACAGAAAGCUGCUUGGGAGGACCCAGUGGAGUGGGUCCGGGACACUCUUCCCUGGCCAUCAGCCCAACAAGACCAGUCGAAGCUAUACCACCUGCCCCCUCCCACCGUGGGCCCUCAUAGCAUUGCCUCACCUCCCGAGGAUAGGACAGUCAAAGAUAGCACCCCAAGUUCUUUGGACUCGGACCCCCUGAUGGCCAUGCUGCUGAAACUUCAGGAAGCUGCCAAUUACAUUGAGUCUCCAGAUCGAGAAACCAUCCUGGACCCCAACCUCCAGGCCACGCUUUGAGGGUCCAGCAGUCACUGUCACCCCGGACAGCAGAAUGCUGGCAUCAGCGACGUUCUCCCCUCCUCUCCCCUCUCUUGUUCCAGAGGACUGGCUCUCCGGCCCGAGAGAACAGGAGGGGGAGGAGGAGGUGAAGGAAGAGGGCAGGUUCUUGGUGCUGCACCUUGAGAACUUCCUAGGAAGGACUGGUGGGGUGGAGUUUGGAAACUUGUGUCCCCUAGAUAUAUUUACUGGCCUCCUCUCAUGACUUUGGGGAAAAGAUGAUUCUGGGUCUUUUUCCUUGAUUUCGUGUCUCAAUUAUAAACUCCUAGGCUUUCUGGGGAGGGGUUCAGAAGACAUCAGAAAAACCGGCAGCAGUUCCUAACUGAUUCUCACGAACAGCUCUGGGAGAGACAGCCCUGUGUGGGGAAAUCUGAGGGAGGAGGAAGCUCCUCAGAAUUUCUCACAGACCCUUCCGAGUUCCAUCACCACUGCCAAUAACUCUUCCCCCAGAGAUCUGGCUGGAGCCCAGAAAAAGAAGCAUGUGGUUUAAAAAAAUGUUUAAAUCAAUCUGUAAAAGGUACUUAAAAAAAAAACA